AUGUUUCCUAUUUGCUCCUUAUCUUUAUCUAUCUAUCUAUCUAUCUAUCUAUCUAUCUAUCUAUCUAUCUAUCUAUCUAUCUAUAUCCCAGUUCGUUCAUAUCUAUGCUCGUUCCCUCUCUCUCUCUCUCACUCUCUCUCUCUCUCUCUCUCUCACACACACACACACACAGACACAGACACACACACACACACAUAUAUAUAUAUAUAUAUGUAUAUAUAUAUAAUUCUACCCUAUCUCUGUUUCACUGUCUAUCUAUCCAUCUAUCUAUCUAUCAAAUUAUAUUCAUCAUCUAUCUAUCUAUCUAUCUAUCUAUCUAUCUAUCUAUCUAUCUAUCUAUCUAUCAAAUUAUAUUCAUUAUCUAUCUAUCUAUCUAUCUAUCUAUCUAUCUAUCUAUCUAUCUAUCUAUCUAUCUAUCUAUAUAUAUAUAUAUAUAUAUAUAUUUAUAUAUUAUGUUCUUUUAAACUUUAUCUAUCUAUCUAUCUAUCUAUCUAUCUAUCUAUCUAUAAAAUCUAUCUAUCUAUCUAUCUCAGUCUUCUUAUAUCUAUCUAUCUAUCUAUCUAUCUAUCUCAGUCUUUUUAUCUAUCUAUAAAUCUAUCUAUCUAUCUAUCUAUCUAUCUAUCUAUCUAUCUAUCUAUCUGUUUGCGUCAUUGUUUCUAUCUAUCUAUCUAUCUAUCUAUCUAUCUAUCUAUCUAUCUAUCUAAAUCGGUUCAUAUCUAUCUGAGUCUCUGUGAUAAAUUUGAUUCUCUAUCUAUCUAUCAAUUUCAAUUUAUAUAUGUAUCUAUCUAUAUAUUUUAUCUAUUCAUUCUAUUAUCUUAUCUUAUCUAUCUAUCUAUCUAUCUAUCUAUCUAUCUAUCUCAUUCUGUUCGUAUAUAUCUUAUUGUGUUUCUAUCUAUCUAUCUAUCUAUCUAUCUAAUUCAUAUCUAUCUCUAUUCUCAUUCUGUUCGUAUCUAUCUCAUUGUGUUUCUUUCUAUCUCUCUAUCUAUCUAUCUCAUUCUGUACGGAUCUAUCUAUCAUAGUCAACUCAUAUUUCUCUCCCUCUCUCUCUGUUUUGCACCCCUUGUAAGGAGAAAAAAAUUUAAAGUGUUUACUUGUUCCCCCAGCCCUCUUCGUCUCUUAUUUAAAUCUCUUUCUUUCUUUUUUUUUCCUUCUUUUUUAUUUCUUAAUUUCUUUCUUUUUUUAUUAACCUCUUCAAAAGAAAAAAAAAAAUCUAUCAUCUAUCUAUCAUAUCUAUUUAUCUAUCAAUCAUUCUUUCCAACACUCUUAAAUCUAUCUAUCUAUCUAUCUAUCUAUCUAUCUAUCUAUCUAUCUAUCUAUCUAUCUAUCUCAGACUUUCAUUAUCUAGCUAAAUCUAUCCAUAUUCAUUCAUUCAUUAUCUAUCUCCAUCUAUCUAUCUAUCUAUCUGAGCCUCAUCAUAUCUAUUUAACUAUCUAUCUGAUUAAAUCCUACUUGUUUCAUUCAAUUUUUGCAUCCAUCUUUUUUCUUUCUAUCUAUCUAUCUAUCUAUCUAUCUAUCUAUCUAUCUAUCUAUCUAUCUAUCUUUAUAUUCAUAAAAUCCUCUCGAAAUGCUUUCUAUUAA